GCUUCUUCUUCCUCUGUCGUAUUCUGCAUUUCGUUAUCGAAUCAUCACUCAAUUUCAAUCUAAUUAAUGAGUUUCUGCAACAAACUAAACCGCCUCGUUCGGCACCGUAGCGAGAACAUCGCCUCCUCUCUCAAGACCUUCUCCUCGGAAGCUACUCACCACAGGUUCCACAAGGAGACGCACAGUUUCCUCGAGCCGGAGAGGUUUAUUAAUAGCUGGGAAGUUCCGAGAGACCCUAGAGAGGCGGAGAGGAUGCUUGCGGAGCUGAGGAGGGAUUAUGUGAAGAAAGUGAGUUUGUUCCGUAAAGACUACGUUCAUGAGAUUGAGAUGCUUAGGGUGGAGAAGCAGCGUAAGGAUGAAGCUAGGUUGGUGGCUGAAAGGGCUGUUAAUGAGGAGAGGAAGAGGUUGAAAGCUGAGGUUGCUAAGGUUAGAGCUGAAGAACGUAAGGUGUUUGAGGAGGAGUUUAGGAGAACACUGAUGAAAGAAAGAGAGGAAAAGCUGGAGUUCUGGAGGAUGACAGGGCUAAAAAGGGAAGAGAAGAAGAAAGAUAAAAAGAAGCUAUUGCAUGAGCAAAGUUCAUUAUGGAUCGAACCAAAGGAACUGGAGAAUAAGAUUACAGAAGCUCUAGUUGAGUCCACCACUCUCUAAACCCAAGCCCCCUCUCUUCUGAAUCUCUGUUUGAGAAACGAUUGUUAGUAAUUUUGUUGGAGACGACAUAUCUUUUCUUCUUCAAAUAGAGAAAUAAAGCUAAACCGAUUAGGCGUUUGUGCAUUAAGCACAUAGUAAUGAGUAUUGGUGGUCUUGUGACCAAUCUUGUUUAUUCACUAACAAGAACGUUUCUUUUUAUUGUUACCACUUAUAACAUGCUUACCCACUUCUUUAGCUCAGCCUCGCACUCUUCUGAAUUUGUGCUUAUAGAGAUGGUUUGAUGGUUUGUGAUCAACGGAAGAGAGACUCUGAUUCUCGUACAGUAUCUUGGAACCUUCAUGUAAGUGAUGUAUAUGUUAAUUACUA